GGUUCAGCUCCGAAGCUCAUUGUUUGCCUGCCGCAACAUCACUCAAUGUACUUCAAGUAACAUCAUAUAAUAUUGUCGCUCUGAACAAGAUCAAUCAAUGUCUUUUUCUCGGUGAUGUAUGCCGUCUUAUUCCUGAAUGAUACGAUCGUGAUAAUGGUGAGGUUGUAUUGAAAUGUUUUACUAGAACACGCCCCUAGAAAAUUGGAGAUAUCUUUAAAAUAACGACUUUCGAAGUAGUCCACGUUGCAAGCCGCAUCGAAGUUUCUAGAUUCAAAUCAGCCUCCCUGGAUGUUCCGUUCAGUUUCAUCAGACUCCCCACAUAUUUUUGACAUUAUCUGGGACCGGUCGCAUAGUGCCUACCGUUCAUCUAAUCGACAAUUGUCUCCAGAACAAGCUAGAAGACAGUUAUUAGCUUUUCAAUCUUGCGGCGUUUAGCCUUUGCUUAAGCGCGAUCAGUGGUAAAUAUACCUCUUGCUGUUCAUAUUAACCUUCCAGUAGUCACCAGUAUCGAAAUAAUACUGGCAAUCUACACACUUCAUUCGUUACAAGCACAUUGAGUAUUCUUGAGAUUUCCACAGGCUGCAAGCAAACGGCGCUCUCUAGGCUCUAACCGAAACAUUUCUCCAAAACAUUCAUGAUACAACAUACCAGUACCGACGAAAGUUUGGAUUUCAUCUGAAUGGUUGAGAUGAAUCCCUAAUCUUUCGAACAGGCUGUUCUCAGAUCAGCAAACCAAUGCAACCAUCCUCGCCAUCCUCGUCAUCCCCGCUACCCCCCCAUACUUCUCACCGAUGCGACAGACAAUUCGAGAUGAGGACAACGCCUCUUAUGCCCCACGUCUAUUGUCUGCAACCUGAUAUUUCUUAUUUUAGGACACCAUGCAAUAUAUGCCCGGGGUUACUGACCAAUGUCAUCUAGAAACGGGUUUGUAAAUGGUGCGACCUAUUCUAGAGAUCAUCUAGCCUUGUUUACUUCUCGAUCUAUCACCAGUUUUAUACUUGACCCGGAGCUGUUCUCCGUCUAUUACCUUUCCAACGACAAUUCUACUUAUUGCCAUAGUAAUCUAAUCUCUUCGCAUAUCUAUAUUAAGUCUAAGAUACGAUCAUAUUCACAUCUUGACUCUCCAUCUAAUCGACUCCGCAAUGUCGGGUUCAAACUUUCGCACUCUUCUUCCCGGCGAUAUGGAUACCACCAUGAAAAAUAGCAGUUCAAGCGAUUCUUCGAAGAAUAAGAACAACACACCGGAAACAACAGGUUCCAGUAGUCAUACAACCCCUGCAUCCCUCGAUAAGAGAUCAGAAAGUGCAGGUCCCAUCGCAAAGAAGAGGAAAGUUCCGACAUCAAUCACCGCAAACGCUUGUGUCAAUUGUAAGAAAGCUAGAGCGAAGUGUGAUGGUAAACAACCUUGCACUCGCUGUACUAGCAAGAGAAAUUUAUACCAAGAAGAUUGCGUUUACGAGCCACAUACUAAGAACGCGAAGACGAUGCUGGUGAGGGAUCUCAAAGAGAGCCAUGACAUCAGACACAAAGCAGAAAAGAUCUUCACAUGGCUCGCGAACAACACCGAAAACGAGCAUGAUAUCCUCGAGCGCAUUAAGAAUAGAGAGUCAAUCACGGAGAUAGCCAGUUGGUUGGGAUCCAUAGAAAGCAGUGGUGAGUCACAGCUAUCUAUAUAUGGAGGUUCGAGCAACGAACUCGACUGUGAUUCACCUAAUGAUUCUUCAUGGACAACAGUGACAGACGAUGAUGAAGUUAUCGACCACCUCAUCUCCCUAUAUUUCACAUGGGUCCAUCCCUUCUACCCUUUGUUCAAUGAAGGUCACUUUGUGGAAAGUAUGCGCCAAGGAUCAGACAAGUUUUGCUCGCACAGUCUGUUUAAUGCCAUCUGUGCUAUGGCAUGCUAUCUCCACACAAUUGCUGAUGAAGAUACCAUUGACUACAAACGAAUGGGCGCCCAAUUCUCUGAUUUGGUUAGGAAUAACAUCGAUCCGCAAGACAGUAGUCUAACGAAUAUCCAAGCAUUUGCGGUCAUGUUCUUGGUACGCUGCGCACAAGGAAAAGGGCUUAGUGGUUCGGUAUACUUGACCAUCGCAAGUAGAUCUAUGGAGAGCCUCAGACCAAGCGAUAGAGAUAGCAUCGAUUAUCGACAAAUCUGGAGGGAAACGGUCAAAGGUUUAAAUAGCCUGAAUGUCGAGUGGGCCCAGAUGACUUUCACGAUGGCACCAGCUUACAUUCCAGAUCUGCAGCCAACUCAAUCGGCUCAGGAAAUAAGCUUAUGGGAGGCUAAAGUGGACGAUCUCAGGUGGGCGCCGUAUCGAUUUCCUACAGACCACACAAGAGGAACGACACUCCCUUGUCUGACGGCAACCACAAAUCGCAAAAAAAUGGAGCUCGUUGAUAUCAUCCGCGAAGCUACGAUACUCCUGUCUAACACAACUGGGCCUCUGAUAUCUGCUGAAGCGUUGUGGGCCAUUUAUCGCAGAUUGUUAACGUGGUAUGAAGAUCUACCAAGAGAUAUCGCCAUCAUAUAUGGAGAAGAAGUUCAAAGGUUACCGCAUGUAUAUUCACUGCAUAUACUAUAUGCCGCGACGGCAGUCUAUGUCCUAAGCCCACUACUAGGUUUCAAGGAACCUCAGCUGGAUGCACUGGUUAGGCAACAUGCAAAGGAAGGGCUCAAGCUUCUUGUCGAACGAUAUCACUUUCAUUACACAUCUCGUUACCAGCCAGUCUCCCAAAUGUUCGCCAUGUUGUAUUUGACCGAUGUCUUGAUUCAAUCAUCUCCAGAAACUGAUAAAAACUCUGGAAAAGAUGCCCUGGCAUACAUUAGACUAGCAACUGAUAUUUUGACAGAGUCCAAUAGUAGCUUUCCUGUUGCUAGCGUCUUUAUGGGAAUGCUUCAGGAAAAUACAAGGAGAUUCUUGAUUCCACUGCCAAACGAAUUUGAAGAUCUAUUUCGCCACAGUCAUCGCAUGUCGAGAUUUCCCUUAGACGAUGCUGUCAACGCAUUUGGAAGUACCGCUUAUGCUCUGCCAAUUGAAGCGAUGGGAAGAAGGAUGCGUCCUGAUUUUAAAUCUAGAUGGAUGAUGCAUGCCACUGCUGGAUAUCCCAAGGUCUUCCACAGACCACCACUCUUACGCCAAACUUCAGUCGAAGAAACGGGUGCCCAGAACCUGAUGCGAAUUCUAAAUCUGCACACUCAUAACACAAAUUGAUAGUUUUCUUUGGAGCAAGGGGGAGGGGGGGUGCUUUUUGUUAAUCCUAGGUUUUUGUGGUGAGGAUGUUUUUCGCAAAUUGUAGUUUGAAAUAACCGCACUGUUGGAGACGUCCGCCAAGAAAUUUUUUCAACUGAUAUUGACGCCGUCGAUGAAAUUCUGGUUGAUACGCCUGGAACAUGAAGCCAAGAUGAAGAUGAUAUUCCUCACAAAAGCAAAUCUGCCGGUGGUUGCUCUCUAGGGAUUUCCAGCAAAUUGCUAUCUAUUUGUACGACCAUCUUCCACCGUCCAUCGCAAUAUUGAAAUGCGCAUCGUCUGGAACGACUAGUAAGAAUGAAAACUUUGGCUUGCUGUGUCCUCUCUACAGUUGUAGCUCGAUAUUAACCAACAAAAUCAUCGUGGCGCAUUUGAUAGCUCGAAAUUCAGGAAGCCUGCCGGAUCUGAUUUGAAAAAUAAUAGAACGAUGGAAGUGAGGAUCAGCCGGAAUCAGUCUAUUGGUGUUCCAGGUUCAAAUUGAGGAAGAUUCUUUGGUAUAUUCUAUGUAUGACUGGAUGAAUGUCUUGCAAAAAUGGCCGCCGGGAAAGUCCAAUUUGAUGAUAUAUCUCGAGGUUUGGGAGGAAAUUUUGAAUUGAGGGUGGCGAAUAAUGAAAUACAUUUUCCUUGGUGGAAAUGAAUGAAUUUGACGAUAAAUCUGAUAGUGUGAAUCGAUAUCUUUUGAUGACAUAGGUGCCGGUUCAUCAAGGCAUAGUACGCCUUUUAUCGAAGCGGCCAUAGUUGAUACAAAUCCAUGAUGGCGAAAAGGAAUUUAUAUGGGUGAAGGAGCAAGUGGAGGAGUAGGUGUAGGAAUUGAUGUUGGUGUACCUACUAGGUAUCUAGGUGAUACCUUAUUAACGUGUACAUGGCGAGUGAAGUGAAAGGUGUAGUAGACAUGGCACGUGUCCGGUAGCCGACAAUGAUCAACAAGUCGGCAUAAGAUACAAGAAAUGCUCGUUGAAGAAGCAUUGAUGAGCUACAUAUAAAGCAUUUAUUAAUAUCAAAUAUGUU